GCGGGUGAAAGAGGGCGUGGCAUCACAGCUGGAAGGGGGGUGGCCGAGGCUUCUCCCGCCCUGGGGAGGCUGCGCGGUGACGUCAGACGCUUCCCCAGAGACGGUGCGGGACGGAGAAGUAAUUGAGGCCGGGGCUCUGGGCUCCACCAGGCCGCAGGAUGGGGGAGACCAAGGUGAUCUAUCACCUGGACGAGGAGGAGACUCCCUACCUGGUGAAAGUGCCGGUGCCGGCUCAGGACAUCAGGCUGCGGGACUUCAAGGCGGCGCUGGGCCGGGGACAUGCCAAGUACUUCUUCAAGGCCAUGGACCAGGACUUCGGGGUGGUGAAAGAAGAAAUAUCUGACGACAACGCCAAGCUGCCGUGUUUUAAUGGCCGUGUGGUGUCCUGGCUGGUAUCCGCAGAGAACUCGCUGCCUGACCAGACGCCUCCCCCCACAGACCUGAGAGCCGAGCCGUCUCCCAUCCCCCCUCCGCUCCCACCGCCCCCGGCAGAGAGAACCAGCGGCAUCGGAGACUCGCGCCCUCCCUCCUUCCACCCUAACGUGUCUGACAGCGCGGAGCACCUGGACCAGGAGACGGAGACGGAGUCUGUUGUGUCUGUGCGAAGGGAGCGGCCGCGGAGACGAGAGAGCGCAGAGCAAGUUGGUGUAGGUGUCCGGACGCUGAACGGACGCCCCGACCGCCACCUUGCAGGGUACGAAUCGUCCUCUACCCUCCUCACCAGCGAGAUCGAGACCAGUAUCUGUGAUUCCGAGGAAGACGACACCAUGAGCAGGUUCAGCAGCUCUACCGAGCAGAGCAGCGCAUCGCGUUUACUGAAACGGCACCGCCGCAGGCGCAAGCAGAGACCGCCUCGCCUGGAGAGGACCUCGUCUUUCAGCAGCGUCACAGACUCUACGAUGUCCCUGAAUAUCAUCACGGUUACAUUAAACAUGGAGAAGUAUAAUUUCCUUGGAAUCUCCAUCGUGGGUCAGAGCAAUGAGCGCGGAGACGGUGGCAUUUACAUUGGUUCUAUAAUGAAGGGCGGUGCGGUAGCCGCCGAUGGACGGAUUGAACCGGGGGACAUGUUGCUUCAGGUGAAUGAUAUCAACUUUGAGAAUAUGAGCAACGAUGAUGCGGUCAGAGUUCUGCGAGACAUCGUCCAUAAGCCAGGACCAAUCAUCCUGACUGUGGCGAAGUGCUGGGACCCGUCGCCCCAGGGUUACUUCACUCUACCCCGCAAUGAACCUAUCCAGCCCAUCGAUCCAGCCGCCUGGGUGUCUCACUCUGCCGCAAUGAGCGGCUCGUUCCCGGUGUAUCCUGGGAGCGCCUCAAUGAGUAGCAUGACCUCAAGCACAUCGGUGACCGAGACAGAGCUCUCUCACGCCCUGCCACCAGUGUCUCUCUUCAGUCUCUCCGUGCAUACUGACCUGGCCUCUGUAGUGAAAGUCAUGGCCUCUCCGGAAUCUGGCCUGGAAGUGCGGGACCGUAUGUGGCUGAAGAUCACCAUUCCCAACGCUUUCCUUGGCUCGGAUGUGGUAGAUUGGCUCUAUCACCAUGUUGAGGGCUUCCAGGACCGGCGAGAGGCCAGAAAGUUUGCCAGUAAUUUGCUGAAGGCCGGCUUCAUCCGUCAUACUGUGAACAAGAUCACGUUCUCGGAGCAGUGUUACUACAUCUUCGGGGACCUGACCGGCUGUGAGAACUAUAUGGCUAAUCUUUCUCUGAAUGAUAACGAUGGAUCGAGUGGUGCCUCUGAUCAGGAUACUCUGGCUCCUCUUCCCUUACCUGGUGCCUCGCCAUGGCCGCUGCUCCCCACCUUCUCCUACCAGUAUCCGGCCCCUCAUCCAUACAGCACCCAGCCGCCUGCCUACCAUGAGCUCUCCUCGUACAGCUAUGGCCUGGGCACUGCGGGAAGCCAGCACAGUGAAGGGAGCCGGAGCAGUGGCUCUACGCGUAGUGAUGGGGGUCGUGGGGUACAGAAGGAGGAACGUUCUGCAGGUGGCGGCGGAGACUCCAAAUCAGGAUCUGGGAGCGAGUCUGAAUACUCCACUCGUAGCGGUUUGAGGAGAAGCGGAGAUGCAGGUCCCCCAAGCGAGCGCUCUACGUCUUCUCGCCCUCACCACCACCACCCCCCUUCUAUUCACUCCUACCCGGCUCCAGGCGUCCCCCUCUCCUAUAACCCCAUGAUGCUUAUGAUGAUGCCACCACCUCCACUUCCCCCACAGUCGUCUUGCCCUCCUUCCUCCUCUGUCCCCCCUGGAGCGCCUCCCCUGGCUCGUGACCUUGCCUCUGUGCCCCCCGAGCUGACCGCCAGCCGCCAGUCCUUUCACAUGGCCAUGGGUAAUCCCAGCGAGUUCUUUGUUGAUGUGAUGUGACGCUAAUAUCGAGUCAUCGUAAUUGUCUCUCGGAUCUGUCUUUAACACACGUUCUAAAGCGGAGGCUGGCGUUCCUAGGGUGGCCGACAUUCCCAAUUUCACAUGGCUUUCUCCACGCUGGGGCGGACAGAUGACCAAAACGGAUACGAUCCCUUCCUGGCUCUUCCCCGCUGCAUAGGGGGGUAUACAAGAUGGUGGGGUGGGGUAAUUAUCCUCGGUACGUAAAGGGCAAGAUAUACCAUAGACAGCCCUUCUGUGUUCUCUGCCAGCCUGAAGACACUAAUUGUAGUGACUUACCUUCUGUACACGCACAUGUAUGUACUCUAGAACAGACGGUACGUGCACCCGCUUCGGUGCAGUUAUUAUGAAGUAUUCUCUCUUUUUUUAUUUUUAAUGGUUUCUCCAUUUUAGCAGUGUUUUGUUCCCUUAGGGGCAGUUGUAGGGGCAGUUGUAAUGUGUGCUCCGGGUGGGGGCAAUAGUUCCAUCACUCUGCCCCCGCUGAGGGGAACUGUACCAGCUCUCUAUAUAUAGCUUAUGUUACUGAUCUAUUGUAUAAGUAUAUCCUAAUGCUGUGGCUGUGACACGGAACUGUUCUUCCUCCGCGUGGGAGGGACACGGACGCCUUACAGGUCAUGGAAGAUAUCUGACCCCCGCAGGUGACCUGAGCCCGGGGGGCGUAAGUGCCUCAAUAACUUGCUUUUUAUUGUAUUUAUUACUUUUUUAGUGUAUAAACUCAUCAAUAAAACUAAAAAAAGUCUUGUUUUAUAAGUAAA